AAGACGCUCUGUCGCGGUCAAGAUGGCGCAAAAACAUUAGUGUAGCUCUUGUUGCACAUCCAACAAUUAUGUUACAUUGUUUCGAAGUAUGAUACCAGUAGGCCUAUAUUUUUCGUAACCAUGGCAGAUAUACAAGACGAAGAAACAGCCUUGGCUUCAAUUCUGUAUUAUUGCCAGGAAAAGUAUUCAAACAGUGUCAUUGGCAUUGCAGCUGAAGCUCAGAGGAAGUUUAGCAGUAAUCUCAUCUUUGGGUUUUUCCAUGCCUAUGGCUUGCUUUUGCAAGACCAAGUCCAAGAUGCCAUCCAGGAAUUUGAGCAGACAAGUGACAAACGCGAUGUAUCUCUCUGCUCCUUCAUGGCACUUGUGUACGCACACAAGAAGAAACCAAACCCAGAUCAAGAUGUCAUCCAGGAGUAUGACACAAGAGUUAAGGAGGAUCGCAAGAGUGCAAGCCCAAAGGGCUUGUACUAUGCAGCCAUGUUCCUCUGGCUUUUGGGCAGGAAUGAUAAGGCAAGAGAAUAUGUUGAUAGAAUGAUAAAGAUCUCCAAUGGUUCUAAAGAGGGAAUUAUCCUGAAAGGAUGGAUAGACCUCACAUCCAAUAAGGAGGCUUAUGCCAAGAAAUCUGGGAAGUACUUUGACGAGGGCCUGAAGGAGAGUGGCAGUAUUCUGGCUCUGAUGGGAAAGGUUCAGUACUAUGAGUUUCGCCAAAAUUACUCAGGAGCCUUAGAGAUGGUGAGCCAUAUCAUUGUGAGCUACCCCGGGUUCCUUCCAGCCUUCAUCAAGAAGAUGCAGCUGUUUCUGACCCUUCAGAAUUGGGAGCAGACUGUCGAUGAAGCUCAGAGGCUUUUGCAAAGGGACAAAAACAACCUUGAGGCCCUGAGAAUGCUGGCACUUCAUUCGCUGUGCCGAGAGGGGGACAUCAGUGAGUCCGUAAGCCUUCUCUCAAACCUGGUCAACAACCUGGACAUCCAGGAGCCUCACAACCCAGAGCUUUACUGCAGGAUGUCUCUCGCCUUCACUCGAUUGUGUGGAAGAGCGGAGCCGAUCCUCCAGCAGACCCAUUCCAUGGUGGAGCGAGCGUUCUCCCGUGCGUCCGGCGAAUCAGACCUGGCCACCGAGUUGGGCUAUCAGAUGGUCCUGCAGGGUCGUGUGAAGGAGGCCAUGAAGUGGUACAAGACAGCCAUGACGCUGGACGAGUCUAGUGUGUCCGCUUUGAUGGGUAUCAUCAGGUGUCAGCUCCUGGAGAACCAUCUGGACGACGCCGAGCAGCAGCUGGAGUUCCUCACUGAGAUCCAGCAGUCCAUCGGCAAAUCAGGGGAGCUGUUGUAUCUGCGGGCGGUGCUGGCUCUGAGGCGGCGGAGGCCGCAGGACGAGGUGACCAACCUGCUGAACGACGCGGUGGACACCCACUUCUCCACGCUGCAGGGCCUGCCGCUCGGAGUCGAGUACUUCCAGCGCCUCAACCCGGACCUGCUCCUGGAGAUCGCCGCCGAGUACCUGGCACUGUGUCCGGCCAAGCCUCCAGCUCAGGGCCAGCCCCCCGCUCCCCAGCUGCAGCACUGCGCUUCAGUCUUGGACACGGUGGUGAAGAUCGUCCCUGGCCUCCUCCAGGCCAUCUAUCUCAUGGCCAAAGUCAGGUUUCUGUCAGGUGACGUCGAGGCUGCUCAGAGCAGUCUGCAGCACUGUCUGGAGAUCAACCCUUCCCACGCGGAGGCCCACCUCCUCAUGGCACAGAUCCACCUCUUGCAGGGCAACUUCAAGCUCUCCUCCCAGUCCCUGGAGCUCUGCCUCAGCCAUAACUUUGAGAUCCGUGAACACCCGAUGUACCACCUGAUCAAGGCCCAGGCGCAGAGGAGGCUGGGAGAGCAGCAGGAGGCCAUCAAGACGCUGCAGAUGGCCAUGGGUCUGCCUGGCGUGCGUCGGGUGGGCUCCCACAAGGCGAAGGGCAAGAGGACGGACCUGGGCCCAGCCGACUGCGUCUCCAUCUUCCUGGAGCUGGCCGAGGCCCUCUGGGUGAACGGGGAACAGCAUGAAGCGGCCAAAGUGAUGCAGGACGCCAUCAACGAGUUCACCGGAACCCCGGAGGAGCUGAGGGUCACCAUCGCCAACGCCGACCUGGCCCUGCUGCGUGGGGACACGGAGCUGGCACUGAGCAUGCUCCGCAACAUCACGCCCGAGCAGCCCUACUAUAUCCAGGCCAAGGAGAAAAUGGCCGACAUCUACCUGAACCACAGGAAGGAGAAACGCCUUUACGUCAGCUGCUACAGAGAAUUGGUGGAGAAGGCGCCGAGCCCCCACACAUAUCUUUUACUGGGGGAUGCCUAUAUGGACAUCCAAGAGCCAGAGAAGGCCAUCGAGGUGUACGAGCUGGCCCUGAAAAAGAACCCUAAAGACGGGGCCCUGGCCAGCAAGAUCGGCAAAGCCCUCGUCAAGACCCACAAUUACGCAAAGGCCAUAAACUAUUACGAGGCGGCCCUGCGGAGCGGCCAGCAGAACUUCCUGCGCUACGAUCUGGCGGAGCUCCUGCUGAAGCUGCGGCAGUACGAGGGCUGCGAGAAAGUCCUGCACGAGGCCCUCACCCACGACCCUGCAAAUGAGCUGUCAGCCCUCUCCGAGGAUUGUCGGUAUCUGGUGUUGCUGGCCAAGGUCCAGACCAAGAUGGCCAAAAAUAACGAAGCCAUGCUGUCCCUCCAGAGGGCGCGAGACGUCCAGGCCAAAGUGCUGAAGCGCAUGCAGCUGGAGCAGCCGGAUGCCGUGCCCCAGCAGAAGCAGCUCGCCGCCGAGAUCUGCGCCGAGAUCGGCAAGCACUACUCCAGCCAGAGGGGCUACGAGCGAGCCGUCAAGUUCUACAAAGAAGCCCUUGUUUAUUGUGAGAGCGAUAGCAAGGUGAUGCUGGAUCUGGCGCGUCUGUACCUGACACUGGAUGAUGUGGAGGCCUGUCAGCAGCAGUGCAGUCUGUUACUGAAGAGUGACCAGGUCAACGAGUCGGCCACUCUGAUGAUGGCGGACCUGAUGUUCAGGAAGCAGGACUACGACCAGGCCAUUUUCCACUUUCAGCAGCUUCUCGAGCGCAAGCCUGACAACUACCCGACACUGUCACGUCUGAUCGACCUGCUGAGGCGAGCUGGGAAGCUGGACGAGGUCUCCCGCUUUCUGGACAUGGCUGAGAAGCAUUCCCCAAGGGCCAAGUUCGACUCCGGGUUUAACUACUGUAAAGGACUUUACCUGUGGUACACAGGUGAACCCAACGAUGGGCUUAGGCACUUCAACAAGGCCCGAAAGGACAACGACUGGGGACAGAAUGCUGUGUACAACAUGAUCGAGAUCUGCCUGAACCCGGACAAUGAAACCGUGGGUGGAGAGGUGUUUGAGAACCUUGAUGGUGACAUCGGGAACUCCACGGAGAAGCAGGAGUCGGAGCAGCUGGCGGUGCGGACGGCCGAGAAGCUGCUGAAGGAGCUGCGGCCGCAGACGGGCGAGGGCCGCGUCCAGCUGCGCAUCCUGGAGCACUACUGCUUCCUGGCCACCAAGCAGACGGCCAACGUGGAGCGGGCCCUGGGCGUGUUCACCGAGGUCGCAAACAGCGAGAAAGAUCAUGUCCCUGCAUUGUUAGCCAUGGCCACGGCCUACAUGAUCCUGAAGCAGACGCCGCGAGCUCGUAACCAGCUAAAACGCAUUGCCAAGAUGAACUGGAACAUCGUCGAUGCUGAGGAGUUUGAGAAGAGUUGGCUGUUGUUGGCUGAUAUUUAUAUUCAGUCGGGCAAAUAUGAUAUGGCCGGCGAGCUGCUGAAAAGAUGCUUGCGUCACAAUAAGUCCUGUUGCAAAGCAUAUGAGUACAUGGGGUACAUCAUGGAGAAAGAGAAAGCCUUCAGAGAUGCGGCCUUGAAUUAUGAGAUGGCCUGGAAAUAUGGCAAUCAGACCAACCCAACAAUUGGCUACAAACUUGCUUUCAACUAUCUCAAAGCCAAGAGAUAUGUGGAUGCAAUCGAUGUGUGUCAUAAGGUCUUGGAUGCCCAUCCCAAUUAUCCAAAGAUAAGGAAAGACAUUUUGGACAAGGCCCGAGCUUCUCUAAGAUCAUAGUGUUAUGAAUUUGUGUGUGUGUGUGUGUGUGUGUGUGUGUGUGUGUGUGUGUGUGUGUGUGUGUGUGAGAGAGAGAGUUUAUAUGUGUAUUAGAUUUCUUUCUAUUUGUACCCAUUGACUGUAUAAAAGUUUGAACCUGCCGAAGACUUAACACCAGUUUGUAUUACUGAUUGUGCAAUUAAUGUUGCAGUCAUGAUUUACUUCAGUCUGAAGGAUGCAGUGCAUUUUAUCAUUAAAAGUU